AUGCGUAAGUUCGCAAGAAGCAUUGGCUCUGAGGGCAAAGCCCGAGAAAACCGGAAGGCCAGUGUCCUCUCGCGCAGGGCCCGCACUCCGUUGCUGUUUGGGUGCUCGACGCCUAAGCACGCGGUUGCGGACCCUGUCGUCGUCUGUGAAGGCUACCUUCCCGAGGCGGGGUCUCGCGCGUCGUCUCACUCUGGCACGGGCCGGCUGUGCUUGGUCCCUUCCGGGGGGCUCGCGGUCGCGUCCCACAAAUUGCCAACUCAGAACUGCUUACGGCGGGGAAUCCAACUGUAUAAUUAA